GUCAGGGUGAUGGCGCUAAAGACGAGCAUUGCUCAGAAUUGAAUGAGAACAGAAAAGAGUGACGGUGUUUAAAAUUAUAAAUCACGGCCCUUGAGGUUACAGUAAUAUAGUGUUGGGGCCGAGCGGAGUUCACCUUUACCACUGCAGCCGCCAUGGCUAUUUAUCUCAAGCGCCUUCUUUCCGAGAUCAAUAUACAGCAUCACCAGCUUACAUUUCGAAAUCCCAGUCGGUUGGUAAUUAAAAGGCACUUCUUGGUGUCAAGUCAACAAGCACCCAUAGAUAUGGGUUCAAAAGAUGGGGAACUCCGAGUCUUUAUUGUUGCUGGAGAGGUUUCUGGUGACAUGAUCGGCUCACGUUUCAUGGACUCUUUGAAAAAGCUUUCUCCUUGUCCCGUCCGUUUUGCAGGCAUUGGAGGGUUGGCUAUGUCAAAGCAGGGGUUAGAUUCUCAGUUUCCUAUGGAAGAUAUUGCAGUAAUGGGCAUCUGGGAGUUGGUGCCACAUCUUAGCAAGUUGAGGGUUAAGUUGAAACAGACAGUACAGUCUGCUCUCUCUUUUCAGCCUCAUGUUGUACUGACGGUGGACUCAAAAGGGUUUUCCUUCCGUUUCCUAAAGCAACUGCGUGCUAUCUACUGUCAGCAAGGACUGGUGGGUCCUCUGCAUUUUCACUAUGUAGCUCCGUCGUUCUGGGCCUGGAAAGGUGGUGAAGAAAGACUUAAAGGGCUCUCUGGGUUUGUAGAUCACGUCUUCUGUAUCCUUCCUUUCGAGUCAGAAGUGUGUCUAUCAAAAGGACUAAAUGCAACUUUCGUGGGCCAUCCAACACUUGAAGAUGUUUUGGAGCAAGAGGUAAAGGAUAGCAUCUGUAAGGAAUGGAAAAUUCAAGGUAAGGGAGAAGCAUUUAAGGAGCAGCAUGGAAUAUCCUCAGGAACCACAGUUAUUUCCUUGCUUCCUGGAAGUAGAUUACAAGAGGUCACACGCAUGCUUUCCAUAUAUUCAAACACUAUGGAGCUAUUAAAAGAUUCCCACUCAGAGUUAACAGCAGCAAUCCAUGUGGCGCCUAAUAAGUAUGUGGAAGACUACAUUAGUAAAGCUGUUUGCGAGUGGCCUACAUCUGUCGUAUUGGUUCCAAGUGGAUCACUGCAAAUUAAAUAUGAUGCAUUUAGUGCAAGUAGAGUAGCCUUGUGUACAUCAGGGACUGUAGCAGUGGAAUUGCAGCUUGCUCGACUGCCAUGUGUUGUUGCCUAUAGAGCUCAUCUUCUGACUGAAUGGUUCAUACGAUUCAAAGCUAAAGUAUCUUAUAUCUCGCUUCCUAAUAUUAUUUUGGAUUCAGCAAUAAUUCCCGAAGCUCUUUUCAACGAAUGCACACCUUCAAAAUUGGCAUCAUUACUCAAGAACUUAACAGACGAUGAGAACCUCCGAAGAAAACAAAUAUGUGCUGCUGGAAAGGUUUUUGAUUUACUUGUUCCUCCUAGAGUAAGUUCUGUCCAAAUCCCGCAAGAAUGGAGUCGUCCUAUGCUUGAUGAUUAUCGACCUAGUAUGAUAGCAGCAUCUACAGUAUUACAUUAUAGAAGAAGAUGAUGCUCAUUUGAUAACAUGACAAUUUAGUUUCAUGAACCAGAUCAGAAUAUUUGGUUUAACCGGCCAGAAAAUGACAAGGCAUCUACUUCAUAGGCAAUCUCGGAGAUGCAAAUUUGAAGUUUUUCUUUGUUAACCGAAAUUAUGAAACAAUGGUCCAUUGAUGACCAGAGGAAUAUUUUGUAAAAUUUAUGACUUUGUAGAAAUUGGCAUUAAUUUAUUUUGUUGCCUACUAA